AUGUACGUGGACUUAAUAUUAUAAUAUGGUCUGUCUGAUGUCAUCACGUACACAAAUCUUCAGGCGCCAGUAAACCUUUCCUGCCUUGAAGAAACAUGUCGACAGGAUUCAAUCCAACCGGCAGAAGUUGUGUAUGCGCAGGCGCACAGCUACGCCCGCCAAUGGUCCCCGAGGUCCAGCGCGCCCUGCUCACUCGCGUUCGAUGGGUGCCGCUCGCCAUUGUCCAAUCGAAUGCGAGCAUUUGAUGUCAAGGCAGAGGCGGAGGUGAGAGGUUGUGUUUGUUGGAGGGAAUGCGCCUGCGUGGGCGCUCGGUGUAAGAUGGCGGCGGUUGGUGAUGGAACGGGGUCAACUGGGUCGGCGCUGCAAGGGUUAAUUCGGCAGUUUACAGCCAUUACAGGUGCCAGUGAAAGUGUGGGGAAACAUAUAUUAGAAGCAUGCAGCAACAAUCUGGAGAUGGCUGUCACAAUGUACUUGGAUGGCGGUGGAAUAGCUGAAGAACCCAGUACCAGUACAGCAGGGACGUCGAGUAGACUGCCUCCACAAGAUGAAGUACGAGCGCCAAUUCCACAAAAGCAAGAAAUUCUGGUGGAACCUGAACCAUUAUUUGGUGCCCCCAAACGGCGGAGACCUGCACGCUCAAUAUUUGAUGGGUUCAGAGACUUUCAGACUGAAACAAUCAGACAGGAGCAGGAGCUGAGAAAUGGUGGUCCAGUGGACAAGAAGCUAACCACUCUGGCUGACCUCUUCAGGCCACCCAUAGACCUAAUGCACAAAGGCAGCUUUGAAACGGCAAAAGAGUCAGGACAGUUGCAGAACAAGUGGUUGAUGGUAAAUAUCCAGAAUGUGCAAGACUUUGCCUGUCAGUGCUUGAAUCGUGAUGUUUGGAGCAAUGAGGCAGUGAAAACCAUCAUUCGAGAACACUUCAUCUUUUGGCAGGUAUACCAUGACAGUGAAGAAGGACAGAGAUAUGUCCAGUUUUAUCAACUUUCAGAUUUCCCUUAUGUGUCCAUACUAGACCCCCGCACUGGUCAAAAGUUAGUUGAAUGGCGUAACUUGGAUGUGAAUUCGUUCCUGGAGCAGGUGACGGGAUUUUUAACAGAGCAUGGACUAUUAGAUGGACUCUCCUGUAGCCCACCAAAGAAGCGACUACGAUCAGAGAGCUUAAUAGAUGCCAGUGAAGAUAGCCAGCUAGAAGCAGCAAUUAAGGCUUCUUUACAAGAAACGCAUUAUGAGUCGUCAAGCCCUGAAAAUGAGGAUCAAUCAGAGGAUGAGUCGGAGGCAGAAGCUUUUUCAGACAGUGAAGGAUUCAUUUCUAUUAAUGGUUCAGAUGAAGAAAGGGAAGAAGAAAGUACCACAAAAAAGAAGCAAACACCACGCAAGGAUCUAAGCAUUAAACAAACACGUGUAGAAUUUGCUGAAAGAACUGAGGCAGGAAAAGAAACUAGUUUGGAAUUUUCUUGCAAGGACAGAUCUGAAAAAAAUCGAACAGGGGCAGAUGCAGAAACCUCAACAAAGCAGCAAGAAAUAGAAGAUACAGCAGUCUUUUUUGAUAACAGUGGACCAAAAGCAAGUUUGAUGCUGCGAUAUCCGAAUGGACAAAGGGAACAAAUUGCACUUCCAGCUCAAGCAAAACUACUGGCACUGGUGAAGCACAUCCAGUCGAAAGGAUACCCAAAUGAGCGGUUUGAGCUGGUCACCAACUUUCCACGCAGGAAGCUCUCCCACUUGGACUAUGAAAUUACACUGCAAGAAGCUGGACUGUGCCCUCAGGAAACUGUCUUUGUUCAGGAGCGAAAUUAACCUGGGAGUGCAAAAAAGAUUUUAUACAAAUGUUGCAAGAUCUGGUUGGUUGGUGAUAACCUGGCUUCAGCCUGAACAAGGAGAACUAUGUAUUUUCAUCUUUUUACUGGACCUAGUGAGGCAACUGAUGUGAAGAAAUUUGGUGAUCUACACUCAAUUCUUAAUACUUUUUGAUUCCCAAACGAAGAACUCUUUUUACUGGACCAUAGAACACUGGAUAUGAUUUAUGUUUUGUUAGUCAUAAAGUGUCCAUCAUUCUAUGCUUGACCCAUUACAUUUGGACAAUGCCAGACAUCAGUUUCAUUUGUAUUUGCCCCCCUACACCUGCUGGUCUUGGCAAUGCUCCAAGUUGCCAAAACCAAAAUCUACAAGAGCCUCGCAUUUUUACUACUAGGAGGAAGCCUUCCUUGCACUAAGAGCAGUUCACUACAGGAACCACUGGGGAAGAAAGGAUGCGAAAUGACAGAUUGGCAUCCAAAAAGAUUUGAUUUUGUCUCUUGGUAGUGUUGCAUAUUUAGGCUGUAAGUGCGUGAUAGGAAUUUGAUGUUGUUCACUAUGAUGCAUCUUCAGUUGCCCUGAUAUCUUCAAACAACCCAACUCAGGCCUGUGCUGGAAUUUGUGACCUUAUGUUAUGGGUGGAGUUAUUUCAGCAUAGCCUGGUAUAAUCUCAUAGGUCUGGCAUGCUGGGUCUAAAGCCACCAACUUUUCUUUAGUCUGCACUUUUGAGGCACAAGUUGCUGUGGAAUGAUUAUUUAAUGGUUUAGUGCAUCAUUCCAAGAUCAACAAGCUCUAAAACAGGGGUUCCCAAUCUUUUUUAUGCCAUGGACCCCUACCAUUAACGGAGGGCUCCAUGGAUCCUAGGUUGGGAACCCCUGCU